GCCAUGGAAACGAGGCCCGGCAGCAGUCCUAACAGCCAAAGGGAGUCCUGUGAAAUUUACCCCCAGGGAUUACUGGUGUUCACCGGCUCUUCGGAUAGCGAUGCCAACUUGGCCAAACAGUUCUGGAUGGGGGCGUCAAUGUAUCCCCCCAGCGAAUCUCAGUUGGUGCUGUCCAGGGGUAGCAGUCAACGUCUGCCGGUGGCUCGGCCCUCGAGGAACAGUGGGCUUGAGAAAAGUUACUUGCAGCCUUUUUUCCUUGAGAAAAGCAAGAGUAGAGAUGUCACUGCUGAAACCCUGAAGAUUCAGGAAUCUGAGGAGAAAAAGAAGUAUCUCCAAAAGGCUAAAAGGAGAGAUGAGAUUAUCCAACUCUUAAGAAAACAAAGAGAAGAAAGGAUCUCGAAAGAACUGAUUUCCCUUCCUUAUAAGCCAAAAGCCAAAGUACACAAAGCAAAGAAAGUGAUUUCAGAGUCAGAUCAAGAAGACCAAGAAGAAGUCAAAGCCUUGGACUAAUGUGACUGAGAAAUGGGAGAGGGUGGCUCACUUAGAUCUUCACUUUUAAAACAACCUGCUCUUACAUCAGGAUCCUUGGAAUCAGUUAAAUUAGACAAAGAAAUAAAAGUUAAAUAUGCAACACUUCUAGGA